AUGGCCUUCAAACUCUCCGUCUCUCAGCCCUCGCCCAGCAUGCGCUCGCUAGUACGUCGUGCUGCACGCACCUCACCCAACCAGGUUCGCGGCGCCGCCACCGUCCCCUUUCGACUGCCAGCCGCCCGCAACGAGCCUAAUCUGGACUAUGUGAAAGGCUCAUCCGAGCGAGCUAAGAUCGAGGAAACAUUGAAGCAGCUCAAAUCUCAGUUACCCCUCAAGAGCCAAAUAUACAUCAAUGGCAAGGCGCAGGCGGCUUCCAAUGCCACUGACCAGCCUCUUCCCGCCGAGCAUGCGACCACAUUCACCAACUACCCACUCGCCAGUCCUGCACAAGUCAAUGAGGCUAUUGACUUGGCUCUAAAGGCCAAGGAGUCAUGGCAGAAUACUCCUUUUGUGGACCGUGCAGCCAUCUUCCUCAAGGCGGCUGAGCUUGUGGCUGGAAAGUAUCGAUAUGAGCUCAUCGCCGCUACAAUGCUUGGUCAAGGAAAGAAUGUGUGGCAGGGCGAGAUCGAUGCUGCCGCGGAGCUUGCUGAUUUCUUUCGUCUGAACUGCAACUAUGCUGCCGAGUUGCUGGAGAAGCAACCGGACCGAGGCACGGAUGGAAUGUGGACACGCGUUGACUACAGACCUCUGGAAGGAUUUGUUUAUGCCGUUUCUCCAUUCAACUUUACUGCAAUCGGCGGCAACUUGAUUAGCGGCCCAGCUUUGAUGGGCAAUGUGGUGAUCUGGAAGCCUUCUCCGUCAAACGUGUACGCCAGCGAGAUCGUGUACAAGAUCCUCCUGGAGGCUGGAUUGCCGCCGAACGUUAUUCAGUUCGUGACUGGAGAUGCAGAGCAGAUUACACAUGCCAUCUUGAACCACCGAGAGUUCUCUGGUCUGAACUUCACCGGCUCAUCGGACGUUUUCCGGUCCUUGUACAGCCAAGUCGGCGCCAACAUUGGCAAGAAGGUCUAUAGGGACUACCCUCGACUUGUGGGCGAGACCAGUGGCAAGAACUUCCACCUGGUUCACCCAACCGCCGACAUCACCAGCGCCGCGUACCACACUCUUCGGGGUGCAUUUGAAUACCAAGGCCAGAAAUGCUCCGCCACAUCGAGACUGUAUCUUCCUGAGUCACGCGCGGAAGAGUUCCUGACUAAGUUGAAGUCUGAGAUUGAUGAGAUUACCAUUGGUUCCCCCGAGGAUUUGGGAGCCUUCAUGGGGCCUGUCAUCCACCGUGCAUCCUUCGAAAAGAUUAAGUCGGUCAUCGAUGCUAGCAACAAGGAUCCGUCGCUAGAGCUGCUUGCCGGUGGUACUUACGAUGAUUCCACUGGAUAUUAUGUUCACCCCACCGUGUACCGGGCCAAGAACAUUGACCACCCUCUGUUCGACACUGAGAUCUUCGGACCGGUACUGACCGUAUAUGUUUACCCCGAUGCGGAGUGGUCUUCCAUUUUGAAGAAGGUUGACCAGAGUGGUGGUGGGUUCGCUCUGACCGGCGCAGUGUUUGCGGCUGAUCGGCAGGCCAUUCGUGAAGCCGAGGAUACCCUGCGGUAUUCCGCCGGCAAUUUUUACAUCAACUGCAAGACUACGGCUGCUCUGAUUGGCCAGCAAUCGUUCGGUGGUAGCCGUGCCAGUGGUACCAACGACAAGGCAGGCAGCUCCAACGUUCUUCUGCGGUUCACGAGCCCGCGCACGAUCAAGGAGGAGUUCUUCCCUUUGACUGGAUUCAAGUAUCCCAGCAACGAGUGAGGGGGUUAUGAGUAAUGAU